UCCCAACAUAAUGUCUGUAUUAUCGUUCAGUGCACACGUUAAUCAAAUCUAAAGAUUUAAUUUCCACUUGACUCGCUGGGAUAACAUAGAACUGAACGGAUAGUUUAAGGCCUACAUGUACCCUAUUGUAUGUAAUCAUUUAUCUCUGUUUCUGUAGACAAACGUGUUAGCCUAUAGGCUACACCAUGCCACAAAAUGUUGGCUAUUAACUAGAUCUAGUCAAACGGGAGACUGGUCAGCUGACAUAAAAUCAUUUCCUUCCGACAAGUAGAUCGAAUUCUACGAAGGUUUUCAAAAAUAUAAAUAUGUAGUUAAGAUCUAGACCAGACCACUGAUUGAAUAAGUAAAUAAAACAUACGAUCGACCAAUAGCCGUGAUAAAUCCGAACAAAUCUCCACCCUUCUCUUAGACCUAUACAGCUUCACAAUGAGUAUCAGUAACAGCCCUGGUCAACUUCCAGCACUUUCUCAUGACAGUAACAGCCCUGGUCAACUUCCAGCCACCUAUGUAGACAAUUUUCACAGCAAGGAGGAGAUAAGUCGUAUGCCAUACAGAUGUCUUGGAAACACAGGCUUAGUUGUCUCAGCAUUGAGCUUUGGUGCUAGUUCUCUGGGCAGUGUUUUCAGGUCAACCAUUGAGGAUGAAUCAGUGGAGAUUGUAAAGAAAGCCAUCCGCUCAGGGAUUAACUAUGUGGACACGGCUCCUUGGUAUGGCCAGAGGAAAUCAGAAACUAUAUUAGGGAAAGCUCUGAAAGACAUCCCACGUUCCAGCUAUUACAUUGCUACUAAAGUUGGACGCUAUGAGAAAGAUGUCACCAAAAUGUUUGAUUUUUCUACAGACAAAACUUUCUGGAGCGUCAACCAAAGUUUAAACUUAUUAGGUCUGGAAUAUAUUGAUGUUAUACAGAUCCAUGAUAUUGAGUUUGCCCCAAGUCUUGACAUCAUUCUCCAAGAAACACUUCCAGCCUUGCAGAAACUCAAAGAAGAAGGAAAAGUAAAGUACAUUGGCAUCACUGGGUAUCCACUGGAACCAAUCAAAAGUGUAAUUGAACAAUCCUCUAUCAAAAUUGAUGUUGUAUUAAGUUACUGCCGUGCUACUAUGAAUGACAACAUUUUAAAGGAAUGGCUUCCAUAUUUUCAGAGUCGACAAGUUGGUGUUGUCAAUGCUUCACCUAUUGGCAUGGGUCUUUUGUCUAGUAGAGGACCACCUGAAUGGCAUCCUGCACCAGAGAAAAUUAAACAAACAUGCACUUUAGCAGCAGCUUAUUGUCAGGAAAGGGGAGUUGAUAUAUCAAGACUAGGACUUAGGUUUAGUUUAGAUCAAGUAGAUAUUCCUACAACUCUAGUUAGCACUGCCAGCCUUGAAAACCUGAGCAAAAAUCUUGAAUCAGUGUACACACCUUUAUCUGAUCUAGAAACAAAAGUCACACAGGAAGUUAUGGAGAGGUAACUCUAGAAUGUAGCAAUAUGUAGGCCUACACAUGAUUUUUCCAGCCACUCAACAAUGCACAUUGGGAAGGUAUUGAGCUGUCCAAAUAUCAAGCUCAACUCUCACAAAACUAAACUUGUCAUAAUCAAUUUGAGUUUUGUUUACAAUAUUUUUGUAAGAAAAAUUUAAACAAAUUAGAGUAAUAUUUUUAUAUUGGUAGCUUAUUUUCUUAUAAAUGUCAUCAAAAAUGAAAUAUUGACUAGCCAAAAAAAACAACAAUUUAGAACACAUUGAAACAAAUGGUUCAAGUCUUUCUGCUGUUAGGUUAUUUCAUUACAUUCUUUGUUCUGUCAUGGAAUUAUCUACUUUCCUUACUUUUAAAGAAAUUAAAGAUAUCAAUUAUGUAUUUAUUUAUUUUUAUAUGUACAUGGUUUAAGUGGGUUAAGGGAGACAAUUUGUCUGUUAACCAAAUCCAUUUCUCCUUUAUUGAGAUUUUGUUUCACUGAUUUCAAUGGUCACUGUACUCUUGAAACUGGAGUUACAUCCCUUGUAUUUGGAUGGACUUUUCAAUGAGUCCAUAUGCUACCAAUAAUUAAUCAAUGGAAUGUAGAGUAAAUAGAAUGACUUACGACAUGUACUUCAUUCAAACAAAAAUAGUGAAUUUUUUCAUUUGGAAGAGAUUUAUAAGUAUGUACCUAAUAUAUCAAAAUGAGUAGUGUUUGAAUAGAAUGUACCAUCAUUUAGUCUGAGAGUCAGAUAAAGAGCUGGAUGUGCAUGUGCAAACAAGAGUUUGUUUAAUUUAGUUCCCAUCAAUGUAUUGUUUAUUUUGACAUUUUGAAUUCAAAUUUAACCUUUUGAAAUUCCAAUGUUUCAAAACAAAAUGUUCAUCAAAAUGUACAUUGUGACAUUGACAUCUCUUGUUCUUUGAUUGAUUCCUAAUAUUUAUAGGAUUUUAUGAACAUGUUUUAAAGAAGUCUUGUUGACAAGGUUUGUUUCAUUGAUAUUUCAAACAAUCCUUGAUAAGGAUAUCCAUUGAACUAGUCAUGACAAGGUGUUUCAUUGAUAUUUCAAGCAAUCAUUUACUUAGUCAUGACAAGGUGUUUCAUUGAUAUUUCAAACAAUCAUUGACUUAGUCAUGACAACGUGUUUCAUUGAUAUUUCAAACAAUACUUGAUAAAGAUAUCCAUUGACCUAGUCAUGACAAGGUGUUUCAUUGAUAUUUCAAACAAUCAUUGAUAAAGAUAUACAUUGACCUAGUCAUGACAAGGUGUUUCAUUGAUAUCUCAAGCAAUCAUUGACUUAGUCAUGACAAGGUGUUUCAUUGAUAGUUCAAACAAUCAUUGACUUAGUCAUGACAAGGUGUUUCAUUGAUAUUUCAAGCAAUCAUUGACUUAGUCAUGACAAGGUGUUUCAUUGAUAUUUCAAACAAUCCUUGAUAAAGAUAUCCAUUGACCUAGUCAUGACAAGGUGUUUCAUUGAUAUUUCAAGCAAUCAUUGACUUAGUCAUGACAAUGUGUUUCAUUGAUAUUUCAAGCGAGCAUUGACUUAGUCAUGACAAGGUGUUUCAUUGAUAUUUCAAACAAUCAUUGAUAAAGAUAUCCAUUGACCUAGUCAUGACAAGGUGUUUCAUUGAUAUUUCAAGCAAUCAUUGACCUAGCCAUGACAAGGUGUUUCAUUGAUAUUUCAAGCAAUCAUUGACCUAGUCAUGACAAGGAGUUUCAUUGAUAUUUCAAACAAUCAUUGACCUCGUCAUAAUAAGGAGUUUCAUUGAUAUUUCAAGCAAUCAUUGACUUAGUCAUGACAAAGUGUUUCAAUAAUAUUUCAAGUAAUCAUUCACCUAGUCAUGACAAGGACAUUGCAAAAUUUGUUCUUUUUAUAUUUUAAUUUGUGAAUGUUUCUGUAUUAAACUGUCACUGUUUACUUAGUCUGAUGACUUGGACUGAGACAUUUUAUAUUUGUCUAUCUAUACAGUUGACAUCCACUUCCAAGUAUUUUUUAUUUAUUUACUUUUUUUGUUUACCUUAUAAUUGACGGAAUAUUUUCUCCGAAACAAAUUUCUUGGGCAGUUUUUUUUUUGGCAACAUCCACAGGAAGCCAUUUUUAUUUUAUUUUAAGAGAUAUGUAUUUUCUAUUUGAAGGACAUGAUGUCAUUCCGCAAACACAACAAUAAAUCCAUAGAUGAAUGAAGGAAUAGAAUAGAUGACCUCAGGAUUGACAGGGUCAAAGAAUAGAAUAGAUGACCUCAAGAUUGUUAGGGACAAGGAUUACAGAAAGAAGACAUUUUUUAAAAUAUAUUUUCAUGUUUCAUGACUCAAGAAUUUGAGACAGAUUUUUUUUUAUUCACUAUAUACAGUGCCAUUUUUAACUAGCUGAAAGAAGAAAAAGAGCCUUAAUGAUGAAGCAAAUUUCAAUUAAAAAUAAUUUCAAUGCCCAUUAGUUUGUGUAUAAUAUAUUAACAAUCGUUUCUUUUUCCAUUACAUUUGGAUUUUGUGGUUUACAUUUUUUUUUCAAUUAUAUUUGAAUUUUGUGGUUUACAUUUUUUGUUCCAUUACAUUUGAAUUUUGUGGUUUACAUUUUUUGUUCCAUCACAUUUGGAUUUUGUGAUUUACAUUUUUUGUUCCAUUACAUUUGGAUUUUGUGGUUUACAUUUUUUGUUCCAUUACAUUUGAAUUUUGUGGUUUACAUUUUUUGUUCCAUUACAUUUGGAUUUUGUGAUUUACAUUUUUGUUCCAUUACAUUUGGAUUUUGUGGUUUACAUUUUUUGUUCCAUUACAUUUGGAUUUUGUGAUUUACAUUUUUGUUCCAUUACAUUUGGAUUUUGUGGUUUACAUUUUUGUUCCAUUACAUUUGGAUUUUGUGGUUUACAUUUUUUUUUAGCGACCCCCGUAAGGGGAAAAGCAGCUAUUAGGUUUGUGCAAAAUGUCCAUCUGUCACACUCAGAUCUCGAAAACUAAAAGAGAUAUGAAAAAUAUUAUUUCACCAUUAAAUGCGGCUUUAAAAGUUUAGGUGCAACGGCUACAUUUGGGUUUCUAAAAUCAAACCGUUCAAUUUAUAAAAUUAAUUAUGCAAGUGAUUUUUUCAUAUAUGUACACCAAUUCUAAAACAAUUACGUAAAUGUAAGGGAGGCUAUGUUACAAAGGAAGACAGUAUCACUAACUCAAAUAUAUAUAUAAAAUGUAAAAGAAAUGUUUACAACAAAUAUAAUUAUUAGUUAAAGGUGUUUUUUCUAUUCAACUAGCUGCUAAAAUUAGAAGAAAACAUUUAUGUUUGUUUAUAAAUGCUAAGAAUGCACUUUGUAUUUAAAUAUCACGCACAUGUUUUAAAAUGGAUUUUUUAUGCAGCGACUUUCUUGCAGUGGCGUAACACUGCGGCAUAUUGUGGUGCUAACUAAUUCCUUAAAAUUUUUUAAAUAAUCA